UAAUUCAACAAUAUCCUCCUCGAUCUCUUGUUUUCUUGCAAUUGAUGCUUCGGCGCCUCCAGAUCCCUCUUUUUCCCCAAAAUUUUCGGUGUUUUUGGGAUCUUUUUGGUGAUAAUAUCGUAAAGAUUCUGACUUCAGUGUUGUUGUGGUAGAUGCGCUUCAGAUCUUGGAAUCUGAGAUUCUUGCUUCCAGUGGAAAGCAGAAAUCCGCCAUUUCUGAUUAUAAGGGUGUAGUGCGGCUUGUGUGCAAGGCCUUUUGCAUAAGAUGCACUUCUUUGCAUCAUCUCACCAUUAUGCAGGUGUCGAGUCUAUAUCUUAUAGCACCAUCAAAUGGACAGCAGGAGAUUCCUGCAGCUGGUCGAGGAGAAGAAGAAGCGGAUCCUCGAGAAGAAGGAAGCCCCGCUGAAAUGGGAACAGAAGCUCGAAACUGCAGCCAAGGCAAAAGCUGAUGCGGAAGCAAAAGAGAGGAAGCUGAAGGCCUCUAAGACAAAGAGGAAGGCCGACUCUGCCUCGGAUUACGAUAGUGAUUCUGAUAGCAGCGACGAUGAGCGGAAGCACAGGAAGAAGCGGUCUCACAAAAAGCACCGGAAACACAAUAGAUCGAAGCGGAGGAGCUCGAGUGAUGCGAGCAGCAGCGAUGAUUACGAUAGUGGCUUUGAGGGAGAUCGACAUAGGAAGAGGAAUUCUCAUAAGCGGAAACACAGGCGCCAUUCCCAUUCUGAUGAUUCAGACUCUAGCAACGAAGAUGAUGACGUGAGAGCUGUCCGAAGAAGCCAUUCGAGGCACCACAAAAGACGGCACUUGUCGUCAGAUGACGACUCAGGGCCGGAAUCCGGAGAGAGGAAGGGCUGGGUGAAGCACAAGCACCGCCACCACCAGAGCUCGAGCGCAGAAGACUCGACCUCGGGUACUGACGACAAUCGCAGGCGCGAGCGGAGGAACCACUCUGUUGGUAAAUCAUCGGAAGAGGACGGGGAGGAGUCUGGGAAGCCGAGAAAGCCCCACCACAAGCAUGAGUAUCACCGCCACGGCAGUCAUCGGCACCACCAUGGGCACCGCCACAACCACCACCACGACCAACAUCACGGAACUGCGGCGGAACCCAACGGGAAGUCGGAGGAGAACGAGGGGAAGCAUUCUCCUGAUGGAGCGAAAAACGCAGAAGAUGCUUGAGAUAGUCUGAUUAUUCCUGCCUUUCUUUGGAUUGGAGGAACUCGGUUCUGAAAGUGCCAAAAUUUCUUUCCGACUUGCAGACUGCUAUGGUUGCUUGUACUAGGUUUUCUGCUUAAUUGUGGUCGGCUCGUUUGUAUGAUACGAUUGCUGAUCUCCUGCUUCAAUUUGUUUUUAUAACUAAUCUGUAGGCAUCAUGGAAGUCUUUCACAUUUAUGCGUUUGGAAUCUAAAAAUUGUCUGUAAAUGUAUUGGUGGCAUUGUGUUGUUUCCAGUCAAGCAUGUAUAUUUCCCUUCUCUUCUCAC